AUGCCUGCUUACGAUAAGUUGAUUAAUUGUCUGAAAUCUGAAGUGUAUAUCAAUGUAAUUAGUAAAAGACAUUACCGUCAUUGGGGAAAGAACAGAUUUGUCGACAGCACCUUCUUCAAAAUUAAGGACCACGAUGGACCUCUAUAUCGCAACAACACUCCCGGAACAAUCAAGGCAAACCAGCGCAAUUUGCCCAACCGGAAAACUCGUUGGUGGGAAUAUAAACUUGUUGCCACAGCAAGCGGCGGAUAUGCCCUUAGAGCCCCUUAUCCACCUACAAUAAAUUACACACUCGAUCCCUAUCCCAAAUCUGCAAGCAAGUACUACCCGGCAAACAAAAUAUACCCUCUCAAAUAUAAAAAUGUACAUUACAUAUGCCUAAAAAGGCAGAUACCCAAACCACAUGGUAAAAAGCCCUUCGUUUACGAUAUUACGAGGGUGGAUAUGGAUGAAUUCAAACGUAAAAAUUAG